GCUACCGGUCAUAGCAACGUUGAAAUGGAAGGGUUCGGGUCUGACUUCUCUGUUGGGGGAUCAAGCGCUGGGAAGGUUGAUACCGGGGCAAUAAUGGAACAAGUUAAGGUGCAGAUUGCAGUUGCUAACGCUCAGGAACUUCUGCAGAGGAUGACUGAUAAAUGUUUCCGAAAAUGUAUUGGAAAGCCAGGCGGAUCUCUCGACAAUUCUGAGCAGAAAUGUAUUGCAAUGUGCAUGGACAGAUAUAUGGAUGCCUGGAAUACGGUUUCCCGGGCAUACAACUCCAGACUACAGCGAGAGCGUGCCAAGAUGUGACACGAAAGAAAGCACUACAAGACCUAUCUACAAAGUUAGCACUAGAAAUAUAGAAAAGAAGGACAACUAAAAGACAAUAUAUUUUAUAAUUAAAAAUAACUGUUCAUGCAGGAAUCAAUAAGUACAAUAUUGACUUCAAUUUCCAAGGGUUAAACAGUAGUUUAAGGAUUAGUCAAAGCAUUUUUCCAUAUUGUUCAAAGGAUCCAGAAAAUCUAGAAUCUACAGGAUUGGCAUACUGAUACUUCAGUUUCAACACCAUUAAUCUUUCUAUCUGUGGUGUUAAAUCCCAUAAUGCAAGUUUUUAUUGCUGCUGGUGUAUACCUCAUUUCUCAGUGUAUGGAAAUCACCUUGUGUGCUGUUUCUGAGGCCCCUUUGUAGAGCUUGUUACAUUUUCCAUAGCACACUCUGGCUUCUAAUUCAGAAUUGUCUUUUAAAUAGUAGUUAUCUUUGUAAAUUGAUCUUGAAAACAUAUUAAUUUACGGAGAGCCUUCACACUUUGGAUUUAAGGAUUUAAUUUGUCUGGGAACUGAAAUAAUUAUGUGGUUACAUUCAUUGCAUACAUGCUAAAACUGAUUUUAUGCAAUGCCUUCUGGCCUUGUUUUGAAUAAAUUGUACACUUUA